GAUUCGGCAGCAAUCAACGCUAUGCAUGAAGCAGUGUGCACAAAACUGUUUACGAAGUGGGAUCCAGCAAUGUCACCAAAGCUGUCAACAGUCAUGACUGUAUCUGGUUCGUUCAAUCCUCCACGAGCGUUCUUACCCCUAGGAGGACCAGGUCCAGCUUUAACAUCCUCACUUUCACCAUCAUCGUCAUUAACAUACGGGCCAAUCAGUAGGGGAAACGGACCGAUAUAUCUGAUGCCAGGGAAACCGUACAAUCCGAACAUGCGAAUAAGCGGGAAUAGGAAUAUUCCAUCGAUUCAACGCUAUCCUCAAGACGAAAUGCUAGGUGGAUCAAACAAUAUGAGGACUAGAUAUUUUGCAACCUAA